GCUAUGAAAUUGUAGUUGACCAUGCCAGUGCUUCCUUCAGGAUUCUAAACUCGGUCGUGCAUUUCAUACUCGGGACGACUUCCGUAGUUUGCUUGAACUGUAGUCCCCUCUACUUCUGAGGCAAUACUAAACUAAAAAACUCGGUCGUCAAAGACCAGAACAAAUUUGCUCUGGCCCAGGUCUCCAAAGUAAAGAAAACCCAGCGUCGGCAAAAGCCGUCGCCGUUGUAAGUAUAAUCAGGAUUAGGAUUGCAGUCAAAAGCAGUAGAAUUUAAGGCGUAGUGUGCUGUAUUAGCAUACUGAAACCAAAUUGCCUCUAACUACAGCCUCAAGAAGUGCUGGUUGCAAAUAUCUAAAUAUACUCUCACGGACAUCAAAAAACUUUUUAGCAAAGUCUCGUCUUUUCGAGAACCGUUGAAAUCUUUCGAACACUUGCGAGUCGGCGUCUUAGAGCAGAAUGGGAGCCUGUGGCGGCAAAGCCGAGGGCAUGACGGCCGACCAGAAGGCGGCGGUCGAGACCGUGCAAACCAUGUUUGGCAUGUGGGGCCAGGGUAAGUUUGCCACCGCCCAGGGUGAAGCUGACUUCAUCAAGGUAAGUACUUACUUUGACAAUUGUAAUGCUGCGGUAGCUGCUGCUGCUCAGUGAUCUGAUGUCGAUGUGAAUAGUUCCAAAGAAUUUCAGCUGCGAACGUGGUCCAGCAAAGCAAAAGAGAUGGCUGUGGUGCUAGUUUUGAAUUACAGCACAUUCAUUUUGUUCGCACCAAUUCGACAUAAAUUUAAAUCAGUCCAUGGAAACCAUCAACACCCCGGAUGCUACCUGGGAUUUCACCGGACCCGGACCCGAGAUUUACAAGACGUACACGGGAGCCAAGGCAUUCAUGCCUUGGAUGAAGUACCUGGAAGAGGUACUAUUUUCGAAACGGUGGUUUAGAUUACGAAAAAGAAUUUUAUUUGUGCUGGUGUGUGCUGGUGAAGCGUUGACGUUCAUCUUCAUAAAACCGCAAAAAAAUAACAGUUCGACUUCCCGAACAUGAACCCGAGCUUCUUCCCCGGUCCCCCGGGCUCCAACAUCGCCAUCAUGUACAUGAACUAUGACAUGACGCACAAGGAGUCCAAGGCGGCCAUGACCAAACAAACCGACGUUUUCGUGUUCACCGUAAAGGGCGGCAAAAUCGCCAGCGCCAAGCAGUACUGGGGCGAUGUGCAAGGGAUUAACAAGGUAAAAUUUCUCAAUUAUUGCAUGAAGUCAUUGUCUUUCUCCCUGCGCGCAUCCAUUUAGAUGCCUUUUAAAGGUUUACGUCAAUACGGAUUGCACAAAGGCGUCGGUCACCGAAUGCUAAUCCUAAUCUUCUUUGGGCAAUGCAGCAGCGGCCGGAGAAUAAGCUGAGAAGGUAUAGAAGUAGGUGAGAAGUUAAAGUGUCAAAAACUCACCACAGACCCUGGGGCCGGUGCACAACUACACUGGUGGUACCCCGGACCAGGCGGCUGCCAUGAAGACCGUUCUGACCGCGUUCGGCAUGUGGGGCGAGGGCAAGUUCAAGGCCAGCCAGAGUGACGAAGACUACAAGAAAAACUUGGGUUCCAUCUGGUGCGCGGACCACGUGCUGGACGUCCGCGGCCCGGCGUCGCCGUUCCACAAGGUAUUUAAGAGAUGAGGCUUUCCUGCUGGUCAGUCAUGCGCAUUGUACUGUCAAGAACACCUUAAGGCUCUGCAGAUUUAAAAACAUGUGUUCGAGCGCCAUCAAGCGAUGCACAUUGGCCGUAGUCCACGACAACUUCGCACGACCUGAAUUGCUAAAAAAUCCUUAACCAGGAAUACAAGUCCGGCGGUGACAUUUCCGGCACCAAGGACUGGAUCAAACUAUCAAAUGCAAAAAUGUCUGUGUCUGGAAGGAUGCAAGUUUGUCAUGCUUGUCUGGCAUGACUCGAGAAUCUGUGUUGCAUAGGCGCGAAAAGGCCCUCUAGCCUGUCAUGCAAAAACGCAGUUUGCCAUGCGGAAUACGUAAGACAUGGCAGCCAAAAAAAUUGUCUUGCGUGGCUGCGUAUUGCAGUGCGUCUACCACUCACUUUUAGCAUUACAAGUUUCCAGACCCAGACAUUUUUACAUUUGAUACAAGCUGUUGGACGCCCACGAGUUCACCCGCAUGGUGCCGACCUUCACCCCCGGCCCCGCGGGUUCGAACAUAUGCAUGGCAAAAGUAUCGCAUUCGUAUUGCACUCAUACAUUACAAAUAUUUUUCGUAGGGUAAAUCAGCAUUACAAAAUUAUAUUUCUCAUGCUGGGGAAAUUUGUAAUGCGUUUUCAUUUAUACGAGUGCGAUACUUUUCCAAUUCAUAGAACAAGGUGUACUGCAACAUGGAGUACGACAUCAAGUACAAGGGCGCGGAGGUGAAGGACUAUCAAAUGUAAAAAUGUCUGGGUCUGGAAGAAUGCAACUUGUCAUGCUAAAUCUGAAGCAUGCAAAAAUCUGUGCUGUGUGAUUACCAAAAGUCGGCCAGUUUUGACCGAGUCGGGGGGCAGUUUCUCAUGCAGGAUAGGCAUGAGAAAGAUCGCACAGAAUCUGUCAUGCUAGGUCCUGCAUUUAAGACCUCAUGGGUCAUGGAAAAGCUGCAUGACAAAUCGCGCAUCUGUUUAGCAUGUGUGUCGCAGUCGCACUUCUGUUUAGCAUGACAAAUCGCGCAUUCUUCCAGACCCAGACAUUUUUGCACUUGAUAAGGACAUGGUCGACACCAUGGUGUUCACCGUCAAGGACGGCAAGGUCUACUCCCUGAAGCAGUACUGGGGUGACCCAGUCAAGGUCACCGAGGCCUUCGGCGAGCUCUGGGAGAUGCCUGCGUAA